AGUCCAGUCAAAGCCACCGGAGCAGGAGGCGCUGCUUUCUACGUUACAGAAUGGAUUCAGAGUUAGGAAGGGAGGCCGCGGUGGAACAGCAGCAGUCCCUUGGUCUGUUUGCGGUUCUCUGGGCCUCGGGCGGGGAACCCUGGGCGAGGGUGAGAAGUUGGGGAGAGGGCGCGCUCUCAGUGCUUGGCUAGGUCGCUCAGCCAGCUGCCGGGUGGCGGCAGGGUGAGCCGGGCUACGCGCGCCGGGUGACCAAAGCUCCGCCCCCAGCUCUCGGCUCUGCCUGAUUGACGCGCAGCCUCCGGAAAGCAGCGGCGCAGAGAUUGCGCCCAGGACCCCUAGACUCUCCGAGGUGGUCCACUGUCUGCAGCUCACCGAGGGACUAUGCUCGGAGUUAAGCUGCUCCCAUCCUGUACUAGAAAAAAAUGAAUAUUGACAACAAGGGCUCUGCAUCUGCACAAGAAAGAAAGUGCUACUUAACAACAGCAACAACAACAAAUUUAGCCCGGCGGUGGUACAGUCGGCUGAGCUUGCUGAUCUAGGUUGUUAGCAGGAGACUUCGGGACCUAGUAAUCCGCGGGCAGAGGAAGGGGGCCGCGGUAUUAAAAGGAACAAAAGCCAGAGCGCCAUGCCAAACAUCCCCAACGCGACCCAGUUAGGCAGAAGCCAAGAGGAGUGGUGGGGAAAUAAACUAGAAUACGAUGAGCUGCCCCAUUACGGCGGGAUGGACGGAGUAGGGGUUCCCGCUUCCAUGUACGGAGACCCUCACGCGCCGAGGCCGAUCCCCCCGGUACACCACCUAAACCACGGGCCGCCUCUCCACGCCACGCAGCACUACGGCGCGCAUGCCCCGCACCCCAAUGUCAUGCCAGCCAGCAUGGGAUCUGCUGUCAACGACGCCUUGAAAAGAGACAAGGACGCGAUCUACGGGCACCCGUUGUUUCCUCUGUUAGCACUGGUCUUUGAGAAGUGCGAGCUGGCGACCUGCACUCCCCGGGAACCCGGAGUGGCCGGCGGAGACGUCUGUUCCUCGGACUCCUUCAACGAGGACAUCGCGGUCUUCGCCAAGCAGGUUCGCGCUGAAAAACCUCUUUUUUCCUCAAACCCAGAGCUGGAUAAUUUGAUGAUACAAGCAAUACAAGUACUAAGGUUUCAUCUUCUGGAGUUAGAAAAGGUCCACGAACUGUGUGAUAACUUCUGCCACCGGUACAUUAGCUGUUUGAAGGGGAAAAUGCCCAUUGACCUCGUGAUUGACGAGAGAGAUGGAAGCUCCAAGUCAGAUCAUGAAGAGCUUUCAGGCUCCUCCACAAAUCUCGCCGACCACAACCCUUCAUCCUGGCGAGACCAUGAUGAUGCAACCUCAACUCACUCAGCAGGCACCCCGGGACCCUCCAGUGGGGGCCAUGCUUCCCAGAGUGGAGACAACAGCAGUGAGCAAGGUGAUGGGUUAGACAACAGUGUCGCUUCACCUGGCACAGGUGACGAUGACGAUCCAGACAAGGACAAAAAACGCCAGAAGAAAAGAGGCAUAUUCCCCAAAGUCGCGACAAACAUCAUGAGAGCAUGGCUCUUCCAGCAUCUCACACACCCAUACCCUUCCGAAGAGCAGAAGAAACAGUUAGCGCAAGACACGGGACUGACAAUUCUCCAAGUAAACAACUGGUUUAUCAAUGCCAGAAGAAGGAUAGUACAACCCAUGAUUGACCAGUCAAAUCGAGCAGGUUUUCUUCUUGAUCCUUCAGUGAGCCAAGGAGCAGCAUAUAGUCCAGAGGGUCAGCCUAUGGGGAGCUUUGUGUUGGAUGGUCAGCAACACAUGGGGAUACGGCCUGCAGGACCUAUGAGUGGAAUGGGCAUGAAUAUGGGCAUGGAUGGGCAAUGGCACUACAUGUAACCUUCACCAUGUAAAGCAAUCGCAAGGCAAGGGGGAAGUUUGCAGAGCAUGCCAGGGGACUACGUUUCUCAGGGUGGUCCAAUGGGAAUGAGUAUGGCACAGCCAAGUUACACUCCUCCCCAGAUGACCCCACAUCCUACUCAGUUAAGACAUGGACCCCCAAUGCAUUCGUACUUGCCAAGCCAUCCCCACCACCCAGCCAUGAUGAUGCACGGAGGACCCCCUACCCACCCUGGAAUGACUAUGUCAGCACAGAGCCCCACAAUGUUAAAUUCUGUAGAUCCCAAUGUUGGCGGACAGGUUAUGGACAUUCAUGCCCAAUAGUAUAAGGGAACUCAAGGAAAAAGGAAACACACGCAAAAACUACUUUAAGACUCUCUGAACUUUGACCAGAUGUGACACUUCAUAUGAAACUCCAGACAGCUGUGAUUAUUUUUUACUUUUGCCAUUUUUCAUCAAGCAACAGAGGACCAAUGGGACAAGAACACAAAUGUGAAAUGAUGGGCUCAUUGGGACAGUAUUGUCCAUGCAAAGAUCCUCUGGAGAAAGACUCCGAGAGUUAUAACUACUGUAGCAUAAACAUAGGGACUAAGUUAAACUUGUACAUUUCUGUUGAUCACUCCGUUACGUUGCCUCAAAUAGUUUUAGAAGAGAAAAAAAAUAUAUAUCCUUGUUUUCCACACUAUGUGUGUUGUUCCCAAAAGAAUGACUGUCUUGGUUCAUCAGUGAAUUCACUAUCCAGGAGAGACUGUGGUAUAUUUUAAACCUGUUGGGCCAAUGAGAAAAGAACCAUGCUGGGGAGCGAGAUGGACAGUGGGCUGAACCUGAGCACUCGGACCCCAGCGGCUAGAAUGUGUUUUCAUGCCCAGCCUUUGUUCCCCCAUCAAUGUGUCCUUUAGUUUCAAACAGAUCUUUAUAGUUUGUGCUUCAUAAGCCAAUUCUUAUUAUGAUUUUGGGGGACUGUUCUUCCAAGAGCUUGCCAAUGAAGAUUUAGAGACAGAGUGAAGGCUUCUUCAAGUUCCGAGCCUUGGCUGUGGACAAAACAAUCUUAAGUUGGGCAGCUUUCCUCAACACAAAAAAAAGUUAUUCAUGGUCAUUGCACCAGAAGUAGGAUUCUAUGAGGAACUCAAAGCUUGGGGGAUAAAAAGGAGCAAGAGAAUACUGUAACAAACUUCGUACAGAGUUCGGUCUUUUAAUUGUUUCAUGUUAGAUAUUCUAUGUGUUUACCUCAAUUGAAAAAAAAAAGAAUGUUUUUGCUAGUAUCAGAUCUGCUGUGGAAUUGGUAUUGUAUGUCCAUGGGAUCCUCUUUUCUCAGCACGUGUUCCUCACUAGAAGAAAAUGCUGUUACCUUUAAGCUUUGUCAAAUUUACAUUAAAAUACUUGUAUGAGGACUGUGACGUUAUGUUAAAAAAAAAAAAGGUGUUAAGUCACAAAAUGCGGUAAUAAAUAUUUCAUUUUUGAUUUUUUGUUAGGCUUUGGUGUUUUUAAUGGUUUGAAGGUUGCAGGAUGCCAGCUACUGUGCACUGACGGAAGUAGGUGACGGCCCCUCCCCUGGGAAGUUGAGCAUAUUUCAGAUGUAACUUACCAACACUUUAAAAGUCAUCAUUAGUAGCUUUCCAUUAUGUGUUUGGACUCUUAGGUUUCAUCAGCAGAAAACUUCCAAAGGUAUGAAACUCUGUGCAUUAUAACCAGCUUGAGAAACCACCUUCAAAAUGCCCGGCCUGUCUUAUUAUUGCCACACGAUGUUUUAAAAAGCAAUUUCAGAUAAAGUUUUUGCCUUAUGCAUCCACCACUAGAAUAAAGGACUUAUUCCAACUUAGUUUUAUAUCAUAAGAAAUAAUGUGUAUGUUCAAACGGGACUUAUCUGCAUUUCUCCUAUCUUACUCAAAUACUGUUGACUAUGUAAAUUAAAGCUUAUAUAGAGAUGUUUAUAGCUAAGUAAACACCUUCUAUGGAGUUGGAAAUCCUAAGCUUAAAAGGAUGUUUAGGCAUUAAUAUUUAAUACAAAUGACCCAGUGCUAUCUUUUUACUGUAGAUACUUUUUCUGUGUGCAGGGAUGCAAGUAUGACAAUUUGGUGGGUGAAGUUUUUUCUUUAAAAAAGAAAAGGAAAAGAACAGACAAUAUGAUAGCAUUUUCAAAACUUUACUCGGUAAUUUAGAGCCACAAGCUUGUUGAUAUUGUACAGUGUCGGCUAAAGUGUGGGAAAUGUGGAAGAAGCCUGAGGUACUCACACACCAGACCUUAAGAUUUUCCGAAUAAAUACACUGUUUAGGCUUUCCUAACUCCUGAAUGUUGACUCCUCCAUUUAAAGAGACAAUAAACAGAAGGUGGAUGGAUCAUUCAACUCGAUAGGGGAAGAGUUCACUAAUCCUCCAAACUGACACUUGGAAGCAAUCCAUAGUGGCAUCUUAGGCAAGCCCUUCCAUGUUUCCUCUUUAGACAGUCUUAAUGGAAGCUCUCCAUGUGAACGAGCAAGAGUAUAAAUAGCUAUUGUUUUCUUUUAUAUUGUUAAGUAAAAUUUUUAUAAGUGCGUUUAUCACUUUAAUUACUGCACUGCUCUUUAAACCUAGAAAUGGCAUUGCUUGACACAAACACACUGAUCUUGUAAAGCACACACAGCUUCUCUCCCAUUUUCUCUGCUCCAUUUCACAUGGAGUCUUCUUGUAAAAUUUAAAUAUUUGCAUAUGUUUACUUUAAAUGAUCUGAUGUAAACCCUGACAAGUUCCUCAUUUUUAAACUAACUCUCACAGCAGUUGAAAGGAAAAAUUAUUUAUAUUGGCAGCUUCUUCCAUUGCUUUCAGUAAGGUAACUGCUGAAGGGUUUCCUUGAUCACAAGCUCAUGUUUAUAAAAAGUGUUUUAUGGACUUACAACGUUAUUCCACGGAGGGUGGCGCCCAGAGCUGUUGAUCCUUAGUUUGAAUUCACAAAUUCAUCCUAAGCUUACCGUCUUGGCCAGUCUGUAUCCUAUCAUGCUAAUUUUAACCUUAGAUUUUUGGAGAUGAGUGAUAAUUGAAGUAAUAUCUAUGCAUUUCCUUGCCCCACCCAUUCUGUGACAGAGGGAUGAUGAAUUUGUCCAAUUUUUAUAGUGCUUUUUAUACCACCUCAGAAGGCGCUUGCUCCUCUCUCGGGUUUACUAUUUAGUCUAAAGAGUUCCGAUUUGGGUAUAUUUAAGAAAGACUCAGCUGUCAGACGUAAAGAAACUGGGAAUGGUGUUUUGACAGCCAUAUAGUGUUAAAGGAAAUACUGUAGUCUGAAUAAAAUUGCUUAUGUUCUC